CAGGCUGUGAGCUCACUGAAGAAGCAUUUCUCACAGCCCUUAACAAGGACUCCAGGCCCAGCAGGAACUGCAGAUGCCCAACAGCAGCUCCAUCAGCCAGUUCCUCCUCCUGGCGUUGGCAGACACGCGGCAGCUGCAGCUCCUGCACUUCUGGCUCUUGCUGGGCAUCUACCUGGCUGCCCUCCUGGGCAACGGCCUCAUCAGCACAGCCGUAGCCUGCCACCACCGCCUGCACACCCCCAUGUACUUCUUCCUCCUCAACCUCGCCCUCCUCGACCUGGGCUGCAUCUCCACCACUCUCCCCAAAGCCAUGGCCAAUGCCCUCUGGGACACCAGGCACAUCUCCUACUCAGCAUGUGCUGCACAGGUCUUUUUCUUUUUGUUCCUGUUAUCAGCAGAAUAUUUCCUUCUCACCAUCAUGUCCUAUGACCGCUACGUUGCCAUCUGCAAGCCCCUGCACUAUGAAACCCUUUUAAGCAUUAGAGCUUGUGCCAGCAUGGCAGCAGCUGCCUGGGGCACUGGGGCUCUCUAUUCUCUGCUGCACACUGCCAACACAUUUUCUCAAUCACUGUGCCAAGGCAAUGCUGUGGAUCAGUUCUUCUGUGAAAUCCCCCAGAUCCUCAAGCUCUCCUGUUCGAAACUGGGCCUUGUUAUGGAAAUUAGGCUUCUUGUGGCUAGUAUAGUUCUUUGUUUUGGGUGUUUUGCUUUCAUUCUUUUCUCCUAUGUGCAGAUCUUCAGGGCUGUGCUGAGGAUGCCCUCUGAGCAGGGACGGCACAAAGCCUUCUCCACGUGCCUCCCUCACCUGGCUGUGGUUUCCCUGUUUCUCAGCACUGCCAUGGUUGCUUACCUCAAGCCCCACUCCAUCUCUUCCCCAUCCCUGGACCUGGUGGUGUCAUUUCUGUACUCAGUGGUACCUCCGGUAAUGAACCCCCUUAUCUACAGCAUGAGGAAUAAGGAGCUGAAGAAUUCUCUGUGGAAACUAAUGGCCAAAUGUGUUUUGAAAACAAUGAACUGCCCAUCUAUUUCUAUACGUGACUUGUAAUUCUGAUUUUAACUUAAUCACGCUGUCUUUUUUUUGGUUUAUGUAUUCAUUUGUUAAGUGUUAUUUACUGAA